AUGAGGAAACAGCCCAGUGGUGACAGUGAGAACCAGACCACCUGGCUGAUUCUCCUGGGCUUUGGAGAGCUACAACACCUGGGCUUCCUCUCCUUCACCUUGUUUCUGACCAUCUAUAUGAUGACAAUUGGGGGCAAUAUCCUCAUCCUGCUGGCUGUGGGCUCCAGUCGGACACUCCAAACACCCAUGUACUUCUUCCUCUGCCACUUCUCCCUGCUAGAGAUCGGGUACACCUCCAACAUCAUGCCUUGGCUAUUACAGAGUUUCCUGCAAGGGAGAGAAGUCAUCUCACUGACCAGCUGCCUCACUCAGUUCUACAUGUUUGCUUCCCUAGCUGCAGCUGAAUGCCUCCUGCUCUCUGCCAUGUCCUAUGACCGCUACUUGGCCAUCUGCCAUCCCCUUCACUACCCUGUCUUCAUGAGCUCCUGGUUUUGUAACUGCCUGGCUACUUGUGCUUGGCUCAGUGGUUUCUUCUUCUCUGCCUUCACUCUGGCCCUAGCAGCCCCUCUGUCCCUCUGUCCUGGCAGCAGGGAGAUUGACCACUACUUCUGUGACUUUGCUCCAGUAGUAGACCUGUUCUGUGGGGAUGCGAGGAUCAUGUGGGGAACUGGAAUCAGUAUCUCGGGCUUUCUGACCCUGGCCCCCUUUCUAUUGAUUGUGACAUCGUAUGCUUUCAUACUGAGGGCUGUACUGAAAAUACCUUCAGGGCACGGGAGGCAGAAAGCCUUCUCCACCUGCUCUUCACACCUUAGUGUGGUUGGGGUGUUUUAUGGUACCCUUAUUGUAGUCUAUGUGGCCCCAACAGACCACAUGGUCCCCCAGCUCCAAAAAACCUUCUCUCUCCUCUACACUGUACUUACUCCCAUGGUCAACCCCAUCAUCUACAGCCUCAAGAACCAAGAGGUAAAGGGAGUUUUGUGUAGACUCUGGGGCCAGGUCAUCCUAGGGCAUGCUCCACUGAGGGGGACAGCAUAG